AUGGCCAACGAUCAGCCAAGCAGUAGCAGUCGGAAGUCGAGUGCUACAAUUCAAACCACCAUCCAUGCUGCUAUGGCGAAGAUAAGCAGCAAAGCUAGGAAAAACCCGCUUCUACCCCCAAGACAUGGCAAACCGGCAAGCGCAUCGGAAGUGCCGAGUACGUCCACCGUAUCCACGAACCGUACAGAAGCGUCCGAAUCAAAAGUGUUAAAACCUGUCAGUGAAUUAACCCCCACAAAGCAUCCACGUCAAGAACCGUGCAAUACCGGCAACACAGACGAAACCCAACCGUUGGACAAUGUGUUCGCACGGGAACUCUUUUUCCGGCACACCAACAUCAACCAAGUUGUCGCAAAGAAACUGCCGGCACGAAGUGAACAAACUCGUCAAAAGUAUGCGCCACAGCUGUACCGGCUGUACGUCCACGAACCACAGCAACGCAUCCGGGAGCAUCUACAUGAGAUACGGUUUGACACACGCUUCCACGAAGGUUUGUUGAGUAUGGCGUUGAAGCUGCCGCUCACCAGUGAGCAAGCAUGGAAUACGUACAAAGAGACGCUUGCCAGUGCUGGGAUUCGGCAGCUAUGCUUUGUCGAUAUGACACAAAACAAUCUUGUGCUCGAGCAUCAGACAAAAGUGAUCCGUAAACUGCAGGCCGAGUUUCGAAACUGGUCCGCAAAGCUGAACAAAUUGCCGAGCUAUCUAACCAUGUACCAACGGCAGCGGGAAACGGAUGAUCGUAAAUUUCUAUCUUUGCUAAAGCAUCAUUCCACGCUGAAGGACUGCUGGCCACUUGAACCAUCGUACGUGGUGAGAAAACUGCUGCAGGAACGAUGGCUUCCGAGCGGAAAGCGCACUCUCUUGAUCUGGACCACACUGCGGUUUGAUGAUGAUCAUUUGAACCGGAAGUAUGAGGUGGGAGAGUAUUCGAAAUUUCGGUUCAAUGUAGAAGUUGAUCUGGAAGAAUUGAUGGAUCGAGAAGAAAUCGAUACGCAAGCGAUCGAUUUCCGUUCGGUCGUAGAGGAUGAUGAGCGCUGCGUUACUCCGAUAAAUGGUACCGACGGCUAUCAGUCAUCCAGUGGAGAGAGCGUUCUACAGGAAACUGUAGUGAUGGAAAAUACCGUCAUUGGUACGGAUUCUGUGCUGGAAGCGCCUCCAGCUGAAAAAGAACCUGCCGUACAAGCGGAAGCUAUCCAAGAGACGGAAAGCGUUCCACGGAAUCGUCAUACCUUUGCUGUACCGGUCAAUACUGUAAAAGAGAUCAUUGAAAACAAACAUUCUUCUACGGCAAGAACAUCGCAGCGAACCCAUAGUACGGGCGGUAACGAAGCUGGCUACUCGCUUGAGUAUGUAAAACAUUUCACCAACAUAUACGAAUUUAUUGUCGACAAUUAUUGGGAGCUUAACCGGGAGAAAACCUUCUCCCUCACGCUAGAGCAAGUGAACAAAAAGGUGCGUAAGUUUUACCACAUAUGUAAGGACACAUUCGCACGCCAAGAGCUACCGGACCGGAUACGGUUGCUUACGGCACAGGAACAACGGGAACAAACGGCCAAGGGUCCUCUAGCGUGGGCAAUGGAGCGACUAAAAAACGCGAAAACCGCCCAAUUGAAGAAUGUACCUGAUGUGCAGGAACCAUCGAGUAAUCCAAUACCGUCACCACCCACUCCCAGCUCGCAAAAAUCGAAACCAAGGAAAAAGGAUCCCAUUUUAAGAGCAGCUUGUCCGAUACGAACGGCACAAAUUUCGUACGAGUCGGACACAUCCGUAAUGCUGAUUACUGACACAACAACAGCGCCAGCAUCAUCCGACCAACCGCAGGAAACGGUUGAUGCAUCGUCGAAUGAAGAUGUCCAUCAUUCGAUUGCGUUCGUACCGAUAAUGGAGGACACCAGUAGUCAGCAACCGUCACAACAAGAGCAAGAAAAUACUCCACUAAGUGAAGAGUUCGCACCGACAGCUAGUUCCACCCAGAAUCAGGUACCGAACUACAGACGACGGUCAUCACAGGGUACUGUUACCCAAUCGCAACCUCUUCCCACGCAAGAUCCUUUACGUCUGACCAACAGCACUACAACCGUACCUCCGUUUCAUGCGAUCGUACCGGCAGAAUCUACACGUCUCAUCCAAUCGCAACCUACCAACACACAAGAUCCUUUACAAUUGACCAGCACCACAACAACCAUACAACCUUUCCAAGCGAUCGUACCGGUUGAGGCGGUUCCCAUACAUCCCACCCAAUCACUAUCUCAGCCAAGCUCCAUCAUACCACCGUUCCAGCAGAUCACCUCAACUCCCGAAGUUCCUGCGAUGGCAACAAUUCCUCCUACGUCCAUUUUAACCCUGUCCAGCACUGUCAAACAGGAAGCGGUCAACGAAUUGCCAGCCGACACGUCCUGCUAUGAGGAUGAGGUUGAGUUUGUACCAAUUUCGGAAAAUCCGAUCAUUCUCACCGAUACGCUAUCGAGCGGUAAUGAGUUUACCUUUUCCGAACCCAACAAAUCGAUUGAUGCGAUAAAUGCACGCGUAAUAGACAUAUUGGCCCGGAACGAGCCGACCGAGGAUGAGAACUAUCUAUCCUGCACCGAACCUACCACAUCCACCACCAGCUCGCUGAAGGGUAGACAAUCAGUAAAGGUGGAAGUGGAUGCAGAACCUUCUAUUAGUCCACCCCGGAUCGGACCUUAUAUUAGCUUCGAGGCACCGAGAAGGACGCACCAACGGCAAGCAUUUGCAGCUGCUAUCUCGCUAGGCUCAACCACCGGCACACCGUGCACUGGUCCGGUAAAAAAACACAUGAUAUUUCUUCACCGUUUUCACAUCCAAUCCGUACGCUACUCGGUCAUUCCCACCAGAUGGCCCGACUGUGGUGUGUUUCAAUCGAAUCCACUCACCGUAUACAUUAAUCCAGCGAGUGCCGGUUUAUUUUCGGUUCCGGUGCGUGAUCAGCAAGCGUGCCUACUGCUGCUGGGAAUGUCCACCGGUGGUAAGGGUACGGAAGCAUUACUGGCAGCACUAGCGCACGUGAGAAAGUUUCGCUAUGGAUCGAAAGAAUUGGCGCGCGAAUAUUACCGGCUUUCCAUAACGGAGAAGGUGUUGCAGCAUUUUUUCGAUACCAUUCCACGCUAUCCACAGUGCGGUGGGUUGGUAAUGUUUCCGAGACACAAAUCAAGCCUACCGGCGGAUGGUGAUGAGGUGUGGCUGGAGCAGUUUAACUACUAUGCCCAUUUAAAACCAACCGCUGAGGAAACGAGCGAAGGAUGCGAAACAACAGAUGGGGAAAGUUUAGCGAACUUGCUGAUGCCCGGUAUCGGACGUAGGAUGAAAGAUUUGAAAGAGAAGCUGUUGCCAAUGUGA